GGUCCUAAGUACUGUUGGUGAGAUCGUCGCUGGCCCUCGUCGCCUCGUUGUAAAUUUUUCGGGUGUUGACACGGAUAUAACACCAAAGCCCGUCAAAGACGGGUACACUACAACAGCCAGGCCAACGUAUGAUCUAGUCUUCCGUCGAUUUGCACAGGCUCACGCUUAUGAGUACGUGAUUGGCGAUGCCACUUUCAGAAGACGGGAGAAAAAGCCGAAAAACGACAGACACCAACAAGGAAAGCAGCAGACACCAAGAUCAAGAAAAGCACAGACACACGCUAUUACGAUGGUGUCUCUGAGGUUUCGACACAUCAGCUUUGUUGACUUCAUGAUGGCGUUUAACUUCGUCAGGCGUUCAAGUUUAUUGAAUAUGGCGUGGGCGAGAGUACAUACUGCAGUGCACUGGUUAUACCCAACAGAAAACCCAGUGUGAACCCGCCUCUCGCUCUCCCAUGCCUUUCUCUUCUCGAAGAUCAGCCCAUCCUCUUAUAUCGCUCUCUCUACUAGUUGUGAUAUCUGGAACAGACGCGAAAACAAUGAAAACGAGAGAAGGAGCCGAAGAAACAGCAGAGACAGCAAACGUCGAAAGGGGCACAAAAGAAGACUAGCACUGACAACGCACGACUCCUCAAACCCAUCCACCGUUUAACCAACUUAAAUUUUAAUAACUUUACAAUAUUUAAAUCCCAUCUUGUAUCUAACCACACAAAUAUUGUACAAAUAGUUUCAGGCCACAUGUUCUGCCAAACAACCAAUUAACACUAAUUAAUAACUAAACACCGAUCAAUGACAUUUUUUAAACGCACCUUUAAGAGUGCUCCAACGAGUCGUUGUGCACACCGGGUAGUGUGGAUCUUGUUUGUAUGAAUGAUUUUGUAUUUAAUAUGUGUUUCAAGUUCAUAUUGCCUACAUUAUGUUCUCGAACACCCUCCUUGCUACUCGAACAUACUCCAGGAGGCUGCCAUGUUUAUAUUAAUAGUUACGACGUACUACCAUUCGAUAUCUAUGUAUUAUUUCAUGACAAUAAACGAA